GUCGCGAGGUUGAUCGCGGAGUCAUUGAUGACUCGUCCCACAUUCCAGAUCAUCAGGUGGUUUCUCUUAGUCUUCAGACCAUCUCGAUUGACCCCACGACAAUUAAAGAGGAAGUUCAAAUUUUACCAGAUCAGUGCUCAGAUCCCCGAGACCCAAACCGACCAUUCCACAGAUGGUCGAAUUCUUCAGACUAUUUCGGCCGAUCAGACUGCCAAUGUCAGUGAUGUACUUCCGGCCAUCCCAGUCACAUUGAGCGACGAGCCUGAAUCACAGAUCCCUCAACCGUCAUCAGAUGUGUCCACACCUAUUCUGACAGAUCAGCCACAUGAGGUAUGUCUUGACAUCUUGCUUUUCCAUGUUUAAAUAUUAUCCCAACUCAUCUGAUCUCAUGCUAGGUUGGAGA